CCUCUUUGUGGAAGGUUGCGGAUGUAGCAUGUGUGCCGGAAUAUCUAUCAGCUCUAAAACAUGGAAAUGUCGGAAUCCCAAAGGAAACAUUGGCGACAUGAAUUCUGGAGCGUCUUGAAUUAACAGAAAUUUUGAGAUUUAAAGAAUAAAUGCAUCUUCAAUGACUUGACGUGAGUUACGUUUAACGCUGAUGUGUAAGAAAGACGUCGUUACCAGUUUUUGGGAACAUUACCAAUAAUUGUAUUUCCGAUGAUACAUUAGACUGUUGUGUGUUACGUGAAAUACGUGCAUAUCUCCAUGGUUUUGUGUAAAAACUAGAAAUGUGGUGCGUACUUGCGCGUGCCUUUUGAUGCGGUAAGAUACGAUUGUGAAGAGUUAACGGUCAGUUAACCGCCAUUUCUGUUUCUCAUUAUAACAGGACGAUAACAACUCUGGAACAAGCCAGUGAUAACUAACGUUUAAUGGCAGACUAGCUGUUUAUAUAAAUUCCCGUAAAUCAAGCUUUUCUCCGUAAAAUUGUAUAUACCUUAGCAACAUUUCUUGCUGAGCACGUGGAAUCGGCCGUUACGUUUUUAUACAUGAGAUGAUGGUGUUAGAAGCUGUGGUAUAAACCUGCCGGAGAUAAGUACAUUAUAAGACGUUUGUCUGUGAGAUAGGAGCCAUCGCCGCGAUAGUUACAUACACUGAUGUAAACUGAUAAGGAGAGAUGACAUAGGCCUGCUGUCGACAGUCCGGAAUGUUUGGUGGAGAGACUGGGACAACUCGUCCGUAGUGUCCUCCUGUCGACAGUCCGGAAUGUUUGGUGGAGAGACAAUUCGUCCAUCAUUUCCUGUUAUCACAAUUGUUCGUUCACCUGGUGCUGCAUUGUCCCUAAGUCAUAUUGAAGUCUUUGACAGCCGGAUUUAUAAAAACUUAAUCCCAGUACUGACUAUACACUGACCAUGUGCUGCAAAGUUUAAGGUUUUAUAACCGAUUUGGAAAUAUCGACACUUUCAUGUGCAGUUGUUGUUUUUUCUGGAUGAUUACGAAUGUAAAUUGGAAUUUACAACAAUUUGACAACAGAACGGAGACGUGAAUUUUCGAUAAUUCGACCUUUAUUGAAUUGAUGUAGAAAUAAGAAUGUUUCCUGAUUGUCAGUCCAGCUUACUACCGUGAGUUAGACACAUCGGACAGGCAGUCCCUGCUCGUCGUGGUCCACUUACAUCACAAAGAUGGAAUAUCGAUGAAUGAUACACACGGGGCACCUCGUGUAUUGGCCAGGCUCGGUAUAGCUUUCUACCAAAGUAUUAAACUGUUGAGGAGUGAUUAGCGUUUAUCUGCCGACCGGGAAUAAUAGGAAAAGUGGGGAUUUAGUCAUCCUGGAAUCAGCGGUAGUCUUGGAAUAUCCCAAACUGGCGGCUUUGCAUAAAUGAUGGAAGCCACACCAUUUAUUGAAUGUUAGUUAUUUCAAAAUAGGAUAAAAAAUCGUGAGUCACAUUUAACAAUGUAAUUCUGCAGGAAUUCGGCGUGACGUCAUCACUACUUGAUUAUAUACAAUAUGUGUUCAAUCCUCGUGAACGUCAAACGGAGUCUGUUCGGAGGGUCAUCGUACAACUGUCGUCGUCACGAGGCAGCUUGGUCCGGCAGCUGGGGAUUCGAGGAUGGCAGCGACGAUGAAGAUUCCGAAAGCCCGAAUUCCCCGCCUUGGAAAUUUUGGAGGAAGUUUAGUUUACGCCGUAAACGGGAUCAGAAGUUUGACUGGGGCCAGAACGACUCUACGGACGGUUCCCCAGGGGACAGAGAUAAGUCCUUGUUCCGGAGGAGUAAUAGUUUAAAACCACCCCCUAAACCUCCCCGCCUAUUCAUCUUCCGGUCGUCAUCUAUCAGCACCCCACGAAACUCAGCUGUGAUUAGUGGAUCGUCAGACCGGAACUCCUACGUCAUGUCCCAAGCGUAUCAAAACAACCGUGGUAAAGAUGGCAACAUACCGACUGCGCAUGUCGCUCCUGUGAGGAAGGAGAAUGGCUUGAGUUCCAAUACUGCAGAGAAGAAGAAAAUGUCUGAAAAUAAUAACAUUGAAAUCAGCAAACCUGUGUUACAGAAAACAACAGUUAGUAAAUUAGAUUCGGAAAUUUCUAGCCUUAACUCAAGUUUAACUACAGGUAAAAUCAAAAUAGUGACCCCAGACCUCACUCCUCGCCGAACGCUCACGCGCAGGAAGAAGUCGACAGGGUCUGUUGAAAACGAGCGACACAGAGUGAUUUUACAAAGUGCUUCUGAACUAAUUUGUCAAAAACUGGAUCCUUCUGAAUUGCUGGAUGAUCUUCAUGCAAAACAGGUGAUAUCUUCCGUUGACAUACAAGCGUUCCGGGGUCACCCGGACAGACGACUUGUGUGUGAAAGUAUGAUCCAUGUCAUGACCGACGGAAAGCCCAAACAGUUUGACUCGUUCUGUGACAUACUCCGGGCCAGUGACGCUUACCACGAUAUAGCUUUGAUUAUGGACGCUAUGAGUGAUGUAUACAGCGUCAUAGGCGACAUUCCGUGUCCCCUGGUGGAGGACACCAGUACUGCUGUAGAGGAAGAGAAGACAAUCAACUUUGAUGUCGGAUACUACAAUUGUGACACGGAGAUCAUGACGCCUGUAAUACAGCUAGAGAGAGCGAGAGGUGACAGCAAGCGUUUCUCACGGGACUCAACUUUCUACAAACGGUGUUCACGGCUGUCUUACCACUCAAUCACGUCAGCGGAUGCUCUUAAACUGGAUGACGACAUGCAAAUCACUGGGACGCUUGUCAUUACCGUUUGUAUUUCCGGAUACUCCCUCCAUGGCGAGAGGUCUAAAGCGCUGGCAGAAAUGCUCGUCAAACAUUCGUGCAUACUGGAAUUACACAUAGGUAAAACGCAAAUGUCGGGAAAAGACAUUGGUUUCCUAUCGGAGCCUUUACAGUCGUCUCCUCACCUUUCUGUGCUGGACUUACGCCUUAACUCUAUCGGUAACGAAGGUGCUAAAAUGCUGGCUUCCGCCUUAAACAAAAACACCAGCAUACGACAGCUGAAUCUAUCAUCGACCGGGGUAGACAGUGAGGGCUGUAAACACCUAGGCGAGGCCCUAAAGCACAACCCCGGGGUGACGGAUCUAGACAUGAGCUUUCUAGACAUCGCUGACAGCGGAUGUAUCAGUUUGGGAAAUAUGCUCAAACAAAACAAAUCGCUAAAAAAGCUGCGACUGCGCAGUGCGAACAUUUCUUGGAUAGGGUGUGGGAUAUUAUUUGAAGGUGUUCAACAGAGUCGCACUCUUACAGAAUUAGAUCUAAGUCGGAACUUUAUUGGUGAUGACGGAAUGGAAAUGAUGUGUCGUCACCUCAAUGAUAAGUCCACUUUGGUGGAUCUUAAUUUAGAGAACUGUGGCAUCACUUCUGGUGGAUGUGCGAUGCUUUCUGACGUCAUUUUGAUGAACAAAACAUUGCAUCAUUUGGACCUUAGUGUAAAUUUUAUUGCUGACGCUGGUAUUUUAAAGAUAUCCAAUGCUUUAGAACGGAAUAAGUCAAUCAAAACUCUCGGCCUUAAUAUGUGUGGGAUUACAAAUGACGGAUUUUCGAAAAUUCUGGAUAUUUUGGAAUGUAAUCCUACGUUGACCUUGCUGAAAUUAUGUUAUAAUAGACUCGGUCGUGAACAUACCAACCCAUCAGCGACCUCUGACGAUCUACGCUACCGUGUUCGUAUUGUGACGUCAUCAAAUCCUAAACUGAAGCUGUUGCUCUGGGGAAAUGCCUUUGACGAAGCUUGAUGGAUUUGAUAACAAUUCAGAAUGCCUUUUAUCAGGGAGUGAGAAAUAUUAACGCAAACAUCUGCCGUUCGAAACUCAUAAUUGGUAUCAAGACUAGUUUAGUUGAAUUGUAAAUUGGAUAACUUGACCUCUCUCAUUAUUGCCGUUUUUUUCGAGUUAUUGAGGUGUGUCAUAGUUAAGAAUGUCAGUAUUUGUCAGAACCAGAUAUAUUUAGCAGAUAUAUACAGGUAACCAUUCCACACGGUUUCGUUUUGGGUGUGGAUGAGAUUUGGCUGUGGAUUAGAUGUUACGUGUACCUUUAAACUGGUUCACUGAUAUUGGAAGCAAAACCACAUUGUCGUUAUGGGGGUAGACGCGUAGUCUCAAAUCUUCAAAGCAAAUUUCGGAACGGUUUGGGUGCUAUUGAAGACUUGAUGAAGUAAAGGGGCGUUUCCUUAAUGCUCCGGAACCUAACAUGUGUUCGCCCAUUGUAGAUAAAGUAAAAUAGAUCGUUCUUGC